GUAAAAGUUCGGUGUUGGGAGGAGCCCCAGUGACAGAUUUUCGGUUUUGGUUUGGUUUUGGUGGUGGCUGCUGGGCAGGGACAGGUCAGUUCAUAAAAGAAGAGGCCCCAGGUCUGGAUCGAAUUCUCCUGGGAGCCAGACCAAAGCGCCUUCCUGGACUGAAAAGUGCGGCAGCCGCCGCGGGCAGGGUGCGGAGAGGCGUCACGCGCCGGAACCUGCGCUUGCUGCCAAGCUCUGGGCCUGAUUAGCCGGGGUGGGGCGUCCCGCGUCCUGGGCUGGCGGCUCCGCGCAUGCUCCUCCCUCAGGCGUCGCAGGCCUCCAGAGGAUCCGGAAGCACUGGGUGCAGCCUGAUGGCUCCGGAGUUAGACACCGCACAGGGCGCCAAGAUGCGGCGGGGCGCGGGCGCGGCUCGGGGACGCGCUUCCUGGUGCCCGGCCGUGGCGCUGCUAUGGCUCGCGGCGGUUCCGGGCUGGCCCCGGGCCUCGGGCGUUCUCUCCCGGCGCCACUGGCCGGUGCCCUACAAACGCUUUGACUCCCGUCCAAAACCUGAUCCUUAUUGUCAAGCUAAAUAUACUUUCUGUCCAACUGGCUCACCUAUCCCAGUUAUGGAGGGUGAUGAUGACAUUGAAGUCUUUCGAUUACAAGCCCCAGUAUGGGAAUUUAAAUAUGGAGACCUCCUGGGACACUUGAAAAUUAUGCAUGAUGCCAUUGGAUUCAGGAGUACAUUAACUGGCAAGAACUACACAAUGGAAUGGUAUGAACUCUUCCAACUUGGCAACUGUACAUUUCCCCAUCUCCGACCUGAAAUGGAUGCCCCUUUCUGGUGUAAUCAAGGCGCUGCCUGCUUUUUUGAGGGAAUUGAUGAUGUUCACUGGAAGGAAAAUGGGACAUUAGUUAAAGUAGCGACUAUAUCAGGAAACAUGUUCAAUCAAAUGGCAAAGUGGGUGAAACAGGACAAUGAAACAGGAAUUUAUUACGAGACAUGGAAUGUAAAAGCCAGCCCAGAAAAAGGGGCAGAGACAUGGUUUGAUUCCUACGACUGUUCCCAGUUUGUGUUAAGGACCUUUAGCAAGUUGGCUGAAUUUGGAGCAGAGUUCAAGAACAUAGAAACAAACUAUACAAGAAUAUUUCUUUACAGUGGAGAACCUACUUAUCUGGGAAAUGAAACAUCUGUUUUUGGGCCAACAGGAAACAAGACUCUUGGUUUAGCCAUAAAAAGAUUUUAUUACCCCUUCAAACCACAUUUGUCAACUAAAGAAUUUCUGUUGAAUCUCUUGCAAAUUUUUGAUGCAGUGAUUGUGCACAGAGAGUUCUAUUUGUUUUACAAUUUUGAAUAUUGGUUUUUACCUAUGAAAUUCCCUUUUAUCAAAAUAACAUAUGAAGAAAUCCCUUUACCUAACAAAAACAAAACACUCUCUGGUUUAUAAAACACCUUAAUUCUACUGCUCUUUUUUCGCCAAUCACCAGCAUCUGUUUUUCAGGGGCUGAUUUUACUUUUGUGAAUUUCUUAGCUUUUCUUCCUUGGUGCAGGAAGUUAAAAUGCACAUCAGCAGAACUGCUGCAUAUUAACAUCUCAGGACUUUUCUCUUGGAAAGAAACUGAAAUUCAUACUAUAUUGGCCAAAGUGAGCAAGUUAAGUGAUCUUGGUUUCAAUUUCCGAGCCUUUGUUAAUACAGAGAAUUAUGGUUCAUAUCAGUUAUGUAGGACCUUUGGACCCAAGGUCCCACAGAUAGAUAUGAUGUGCCAAGAUUUUUAAAAUACCUUCAAAAA